GUGGGGUCACCGACGAGAUUUUAUGAGCUAUUUCCCCCCCGUGUUUACCAACGGCUGUUUUAGUAACAUGUGAGCCUAUUUCUCGCUGUAGCCACGUUUAUUCUGUAAAUAAUUAUCGCUAUCGGCCGCUUAAGCUAACCGCUCGCGCUGAAACGACUGCACAACGCGGUGGGACACGAGAGGCGAAAGGAGGAAGCAAUAGCCAACCAUCUUUCUUCUCCUGCCAGCAAUAACAAGAAAGAGACAAGGCUAGGUCCAAGUGGAUCUGUGUGGUUCACACUUUAUUAUCUGUUUCGCACCGGAUAAAAGCCUGGGGAGAACCUGUCCGCGUUCAGAUAGACACCGUCAAAAAGCUCCCGGACACUGAGCUCAUCUCCCGGCGAGUCUGGAAGUUUCGGAUCUAAAGACUGGCUGUUAAGAAUUAGUAUUCCCGUUUUUUCAUGUUUCCAACAGGUUUAUCUUCCCCUAACCCCCCACCACCGCCAACCCAGGAGGCUAGACCCGCGGCUACUGAUGUCAAACCCGACAGCGACCCUGAAUUCUUCCUCUUCUUCCUCCUCUUCCUCUUCCUCCUCGUCUCCCACCGCGCUGCACAUCCAGAAGAAGUUGAGGUUUGAGGAUUCGGUGGAUUUCAUUGGACUGGAUGUGAAAAUGGCCGAGGAGGCAGCUGCCGCCGCCGCCGCUUCGUGCUCCAAUAACAAAAGCAAAGCCGCGUUCCUGCCCGGUGGCGCGGGGCACCACGCGAACGGGCUGACGAAGCCCGCGGGCUCCGGCAUCUUCUCCAACAGUAAACCCGGAGCGGCCAAGAAACUAGUCAUCAAGAACUUCAAAGAAAAGCCCAAACUGCCUGAGAACUACACGCAGGAGACAUGGCAGAAGCUGAAGGAGGCGGUGGAGGCCAUACAGAACAGCACUUCAAUCAAGUACAAUCUAGAGGAGCUCUAUCAGGCUGUCGAGAACUUGUGCUCCCAUAAGAUAUCUGCCAAGCUUUACAAACAGCUGAGGGCCGCGUGUGAAGACCACAUCAAGGCACAAAUUAAUCAAUUCAGAGAGGAUGCCCUGGACAGUGUGCUUUUCCUAAAGAAAAUUGACACGUGCUGGCAAGAUCACUGCAGACAAAUGAUCAUGGUUCGGAGUAUAUUUUUGUUUUUGGACCGCACCUAUGUUUUACAAAAUUCAAUGCUGCCAUCAAUCUGGGACAUGGGUUUGGAGCUGUUCAGGUUCUACAUCAUCAGUGACCUUAAAGUCCAGAGUAAAACCAUCGACGGGAUUCUGCUGCUCAUUGAGAGGGAGCGAAACGGGGAGGCGAUAGACCGCAGUCUCCUGAGGAGCCUGCUGAGCAUGCUCUCUGACCUGCAGAUUUAUCAGGACUCCUUUGAGCAACGCUUUUUGGAAGAAACCAAUCGUCUGUAUGCUGCAGAGGGACAGAGGCUGAUGCAGGAGAGAGAGGUACCAGAAUAUCUCCAUCAUGUCAGCAAGCGAUUAGAGGAGGAGGCCGACAGAGUCAUCACAUAUUUAGACCAGAGCACACAAAAACCGCUCAUUGCUACCGUGGAGAAGCAGUUGCUGGGUGAACAUCUCACAGCUACUCUGCAAAAAGGGCUGACUCACCUGCUGGACGAGAACAGAAUUCAGGAUCUGUCUCUUCUCUAUCAGCUCUUCAGUCGAGUGCGAGGUGGCGUUCAGGUUCUCCUGCAGCACUGGAUAGAGUACAUAAAGGCUUUUGGAAGCACAAUCGUAAUCAAUCCAGAGAAAGACAAAACAAUGGUGCAAGAGUUGCUGGACUUCAAGGACAAGGUGGAUCACGUCAUCGACGCCUGCUUCAUGAAGAACGAGAAGUUUGUCAGCAUGAAGGAGGCUUUCGCAACGUUCAUCAACAAACGGCCAAAUAAACCCGCAGAGCUCAUAGCAAAACAUGUGGAUUCAAAGCUACGGGCAGGAAACAAAGAAGCAACAGAUGAAGAACUGGAGAAGAUGCUGGAUAAGAUCAUGAUAAUCUUUAGAUUCAAUCUAUGGAAAAGAUGUUUUUGAGGCCUUUUACAAAAAGGAUCUGGCCAAGAGGUUGCUGGUUGGAAAAAGCGCCUCUGUGGAUGCUGAAAAAUCGAUGUUGUCAAAGCUGAAACAUGAAUGUGGAGCAGCGUUCACCAGCAAACUGGAGGGGAUGUUCAAGGAUAUGGAGCUUUCUAAAGACAUCAUGGUGCAGUUCAAACAGCAUAUGCAGUGCCAAAACCUUCCUGGUAACAUUGAGCUGACCGUGAACAUCCUGACGAUGGGCUACUGGCCAACAUAUGUCCCGAUGGAAGUGCACAUGCCUCCUGAGAUGGUGCGACUGCAGGAGAUCUUCAAGACCUUCUACCUGGGCAAACACAGCGGCAGGAAGCUGCAGUGGCAAUCGACACUUGGCCAUUGUGUCCUAAAAGCGGAAUAUAAAGAGGGCAAGAAAGAGCUGCAGGUGUCACUCUUCCAAACACUUGUGCUGCUGAUGUUUAACGAAGGCGAGGAGUUCACCCUGGAGGAGAUCAAACUGGCAACAGGAAUAGAGGAGAGUGAACUACGCCGGACUCUGCAGUCACUAGCUUGUGGAAAAGCACGCGUCCUCACCAAAAUCCCAAAAAGCAAAGAUGUGGAGGACGGGGACAAGUUUUCUUGCAAUGACGACUUCAAACACAAGCUCUUCAGGAUCAAAAUCAACCAGAUCCAGAUGAAAGAGACGGUGGAGGAGCAAGCCAGUACCACAGAAAGGGUCUUUCAGGAUCGUCAGUAUCAGAUUGAUGCUGCCAUCGUGCGGAUCAUGAAGAUGAGGAAGACUCUGAGCCAUAAUCUCUUGAUGUCUGAAGUGUACAACCGCUCAAAUUCCCCGUCAAGCCUGCUGACUUGAAGAAGAGGAUAGAGUCUCUUAUUGACCGGGACUAUAUGGAGCGUGACAAGGAGAACCCCAACCAGUACAAACUACGUGGCUUAGAGAAACAAAAAGUGACUGAAAAAAAGAGAUGGUCCAUUCAGGCUGAGGUGAUCGGUCUCUAAAUAUUUUGCUCCAAUGGAUGUUAACCAUUAUCAUCUUCAACCCAGCGACCGACAAGUGAAUGGAUACUGCUCCACAGGAUUUUUUGUCAGGGGUCUUGUGAUCCUGUGGACUGCAUGCCCAUCGAAAAAGAGAAUAUUGUCCCAUAGUUCUCAGUCCCUCUGAGAGAGUCGGGCUGCCGUGGACACACAAAGAAGACACAAUGAUGUUGUUCUGUUUGCGCUGUCUUUUUUUUCUUCUUUUUUUUAAAUGGAGAGGAAAAAUAUUUAUUUUCAAACUUAGAUUCUUCUUUGUCCAUAGUUAAAUCAACAUGCUCUUCAAGUCACUUUUUGUCAUUUUAUUGCUGACACUUAACAAAGCUCUAAAUGGAGAGAGAAAAAGGAUCAAAAAUGUAACUGAUGCUUGUUUCUUCAGUCAGUGUCAAGUCUGGACUGUUGGACUAACAUUCAUAGUAGGGAAUUAACAAUUUGGGGAAGAUUGGUGUCAAAUGCGUGAACCCGCAUUAAAGUCUGAUAAAGCCGUGACCAUGAACAUACAAAGCAUUCAAAGCAGAGUUUAUGCUAAAAAAAAGGAGCACUUCUUUUGUUAUAGGGUGAACUCAAGCUGCUAAAACACUCAGUUGGACAGGAGUAUGCAUUUAAGUUUCUCAUUUGUUCCGUCUUUGUACGUUUUUGUACAUACUUCACAAAGUGACAUUUUAAAUGAUCUCAUCUGACAGUCAACUGCUUUUAGGUUUUUUUGUUAACCCUUAGAAAGUAUACUAAAAGCACAAUGGCAUCAGAGGCCCCAUCUUCCCUGGUGUCAUGCCACAUACACACUAUAUUUUUUGUAUGUCUCCCUGUGGGGCUUGCAGCCUUGAUGAAACAUGGGGGUGAUAGGAGUGGAUUGCCUCAACACAUGAGGGAAAAUAUGAUUGAUUGAUUAUACAUGCCAUUGUUUAUAUGCAGUCUGUUAGAUGUGUUGCAUCAGAUUAAAACAACUGUUUCAA